UCCGCCGCAGCGCGGUGCAAGCGGCCUACAUUUCCCAGGGUGCUCCGCGAGGCCCUGGCUAAGGCGCAGGCGCCGGCGCCGUGUUGCCUUCCGGCUGGAGUUUGUUGUGCCGAAGGCAGGCAGAGCGGCGCCGCUUCCAGAAAAUGUCAGAAAAUUCCAGCGAUAGCGAUUCAUCUUGUGGGUGGACAGUCAUCAAUCAUGAGGGCUCCGACAUUGAGGCCGUGGCUUCUGAAUAUGAAGGGGGAAGCGCAGAGCUGUCUUCAGAAGAGCCUCCACCCCUCCUUGUACAGGAGGGGGAUCCCCAGCAAGAGCAGCCCGCGGACUUGCAAGCUGAAUUUGGCCAAGGUGAUGUGUCAUCCGUGGUCGAUCUCAGUCACUCUGCCUUGCAGACCACCCAGCCGGUUCCAGAGGAUGAAAGAGAAAAAUGGCCAGAUGAGAGCUCCUGUGUUGGAGCUAUUAGUGAUGAUUCUGACAUUGUGACGCUUGAGACUCCGAAGGCAGAAGAAACUGGGAGCCAGGAAGAGGCUGUGCUUGCAGAGGAGGAGGAGGAAGUCCCUGCCACCGAAGAUUUCCACAUGGGCUCUUCUUCUAGCAGCCAGUAUACAUUUUGCCAGCCAGAAACAGUCGUCGCUCCGCCUCACCCGAGCGGCCAGGAAUCGAGCAGCGAUGAAACCAGCGACCGCUCCAGCCCCACCCUGAGGCGGCGGCGUGUGAAGAAGAGGCUCCCCUCGAGUUCCGAAUCGGAGGAGGUGCCGCCUCGCGAGCAGGAGAGCGAGGCGGCCCAAGAGGAGCAGCCGCCCCCGCAGCAGCUCAGCAGGGGCCUCAACCGCUGCAUCCUCCUUGCCCUGGUGAUCGCCGUCAGCAUGGGCUUCGGGCACUUCUACGCUACAAUCCAGAUCCAAAAGCGUCAACAACUGGUUGAGAAAACUCACGAAGACGAACUGAACGGGAUGAAAGACCACCUGCUUCAGUGCCGACAAGGGCAAGGAGUCCGCGCAGGAUGUCAGUCACUCCAGGAAGGUCUUGCCACGUGCCUGCUGACAACGGAGAUGGAAAAGCAGUCAUUUGAACAUCAGAAACAUAGCCUUGCUUCAGAAAACCAGCACUUGAGAGAGUCGUUAGAAAGGGAGGAAAAGGCUUUGGCCUUGCUGCAGGAAGAAUUAAGAAAACUGCGAGAACAGCUCAGGCACCUGGAGAGCCAAGGGGCAGGCCCCGAGUCCAUGGCCACGGAAAACCAAAAGCUGAAGGCACAUUUGGAGGAGGAAAAGCACAAGAUGCAGAGUUUUGUGAAGCAGAAGAAGACUUUGUUUGCGGAGGCCCAGAUGCUGCGAAGAGAGUUGGACAAGGAGCGUCAGCUGACUGUAGCACUCCGGGAAGAACUGGAAGCGCUGAGUUCCCAGCAGGCCUCCACUGAUAUGGGCACUGGGGAUGGCUUGCGAGAGAACCAGGAGAUCGAACGUUUGCGGGGAAGACUGACGGAACUGGAGAAGAAGCUCAGCUUUGAGCAGCAGCGUUCUGAUCUGUGGGAGAAGCUGUAUGUGGAAGUGAAGGACCAUGCUGAAAAGCAAGAGCAAGUGGGAAAACCACAGAAGUCAGGUGGGAAAGGAGCCAGUAAAACAAAAAGGAAGCCCAAAGCAACGUUUUUUGGCUCUGUUAAAGAAACCUUUGAUGCCAUGAAGAAUUCCACAAAAGAAUUUGUAAGGCACCAUAAAGAAAAAAUUAAACAAGCCAAAGAAGCUGUGAAAGAGAACUUGAGAAAAUUCUCAGAUUCUGUGAAGUCGACCUUCAGGCACUUCAAGGACACGACAAAGAAUAUAUUUGAUGAAAGAGAGAAGCAAGAGCGUAGUGACGACAAAAGGCACGAGGCUGGCAGGAAAGGAAAGCCGUGCCCACAGCCGCAGCACAGGGCCCCGGGCAGCCAGAGGGGAUUCCGGGAGGGGAGGCGGCCCAAGGAGAACCGUCCGCUGCACUCCCCCAGGGGGUCCCCCUCGCAGGAGGGUCCCCGAGGCGUGCCCAAGUGCAGCAGGAAGCACCCUGGGGUUGGAAAGGGGUGUUCAGGCAUCUUUGACUGUGCCCAUCAAGAGUUUGUCAGCCUCUUUGAUAAGGCGCUGGACCCUAUUCGGGCAGAUGAAUUCAACCAGUUAAUGCACAAAUACGUGCGGCAAGAAGUCGCCAACUUCCAUCACUGGGAAGAACUGGAGACUUUCAUCCGUCGGUUCUUCCAUAACGGUGUCUUCAUCCAUGACCAGAUGCUGUUCACAGACUUUGUUAACGACGUUAAGGAUUAUCUGGAAGACAUGAAAGAGUACCAGAGUAGCAGCGAGGGGGUCUUUGAAGACUUGGAUAAAUAUGUCUACCAAUAUUACUUCCAUUAUGACCACUCGCCUCAGCAGGAGCCCAGCCACCCAGCCAGGAGGGCUCCGUUCACACACGCCCCAGGCUCCCAACAGAACAGGCCAGCGCCCAAGAAUCAGCAGCACUACAAGCGAGAAGGGAAAUGGCACAAGCAAGGCCGUGCGGAGGGCAGGCACAUGGCCAACCUGGAGAUCGAGCUGGGCCAACUGCCCCUUGACCCCAAGUACUGACCGUUGCCCCAGGAGUGGGAGGCUUACAGCUGGACAGUGGCCCGUGUGGAAACCAGCCGAGGCUUUCAGCGGAGAAGCCAAGGGCACAUUUUCCCAUUUGCGACAACUUCCCCCCAAGGAAUCAGGCCAGCUUCUCAGUCUGCACCUCUGUUCUUGCCUUUCUGCCUCCUUGGGAAACAUUAAUUUGGGUGUAGUUUUACUAUUGCAAUAAAUAAGCAGGGUCAGUAGCAGUAGCAGUGUGUGUGAGAGAGAGAAAUUAAGCUUAUUUGCACUUGUUGGUAUUAGAAUCCAAAAUUGAUCCAGGCAUAAUGUUAAAACGAUAUACUGAUUUCAUCUCAUGCUGUUUGGAAACAUGUGUGUGUGUCUGUCGUAGAAUUGUACCCUUGUUGGGUGGGGGGUGGGGGGGGCUAUUGGUUCUGUGUGUGCUGCUUUCUGAUCAGCUUUGCUGACUUGCAUUUGAAAUUUCUUGCACAACUGCACAUUGUAGAAGAAAAAUAAAGAUUUGGUUGAUGAAGAGCAUUUUAUUUAUAAAA